UUAUCUAUAAACUUUGACUGAUAGAUAAACUUCUAUCACGAUCCAGUUAUUUAAUCAAACCACUAACGUAAUUUUGAUUUUGAAUUUUGUUUUCGGUCCGCCGUAGGAUGUAAAACUAAAAAUGUUUUUCAAAUUCAGUAUAGAAUCGUUCACAACAUGGACCUUGUUGACAAGUGCUACUGCACUCGUAACUUACUUGUUCCAGGAUUACAUGAAGAAAAAAUACAACAUGAGAAUUUUAUUUUUUGAACCUUUGUUCUACCGUCCUAAAGAGUCGUCAUGUCCUAACAUCGCUGAUUUAGUAAAUUGCUUGAAUUUGGCACAAAAAUCUAUCGAUGUUUGUGUCUAUACCAUUUCUAGCGAACCUCUAACGGAUGCAAUUAUAAAUGCAUACAACCGUGGUGUUUUGGUUCGUGUCGUUGUUAGCAAUGGCGUACUUUUAUAUUCAAAAGAAGUAAAAAAAUUAAUGAAAUACGGUGUGGAAACUAAGUUUCAAGCAGACUACAACGUAUAUAUGCACAAUAAAUUUGCAAUUGUCGAUUCUUCAACGUUAAUAAAUGGAUCAAUGAAUUGGACUCAUCAAGGGGCAUUCCAAAAUUGGGAAAGCGUUUUAAUUACUAACAAUCCAAGUUUUGUUCGACCUUUUAAUGAAUAUUUUGAUAGAGUUUGGGUCAGGAUUUCCAUUGAAUAGUGGUUAUAUUGUGUAAUGAGUAACUAGAUGUAUUUUUCUUUUUAAGCUGUAAUAUAAGUUGUUAUAAUUAA